ACAGUUGUGUUCUAACACUUGGCGGCACCAGACCGAGACGGUUCAAGCGGAAGGGGCUCAGGAUCCUGUUAGAAGGACGAAACUAUCGAUGCUAGCCGAAGCAUUGGGCUAUGGCUACCUGCUGGCCUACGUGAUCUGCCUGCUCUGCUGGCCAGGAGAGGCGUAUCCCGCCAGCAGUAGCUACCGGGAUCUGGAUAUAUGCAAUCAUUGGGACGGAAGACGUCACUUCCUGGAACUGGGAAGUCCAGCUGGAGAGGUGCACGCCAGGAAUGUGACUACUACUGCCUAUAGAAGCUCGCCGCUGGUUUUUAAGAACGAUGCAGUGGCCGGGGAUGUGUGGUACCAGUGCAGCCUGGAGCUGGUCACCUGUGCCGAGUGCGUCAUCCGAGUGGCCUUCACCUAUGCCAACUUCUCCAAAAGUUGCGGCAAUACGGGUGGCAAGUCCAGCAUGUGUCCCUGCGAGCAUAUCCAGUUCUCGGAGCCGCCCUAUGAUUCCACCAUUUCCGGCCAAGAGUUCUGUGGAGAUGGCAAGGUGUUUCGGAGCAAAACCAGGACACUGCAGUUGAAAUUCUUCUACAGAGCCAGCAAUGCGCACGUGUUCUCCCUUCAAUACUUCUCGGAACGUAAGAUUUAGAAUCAGUUGGUAGGUUUUUAAGAAUGCUCUAUCCGGAUUUCCCUCGGAAUAGGCAACGUGCGGAUAGUCAGUGGCUCCCCCAAGCAGUCUAUUGUGGGCAAUGGGAGUACAAAGUCCCAGCCACAAGUGAUCUCCACGCCGUAUUUCCCGAUGGCAUAUCCACGCGACUAUGGUAUCGAACACAUCCUCACCUGCGAGGCGGACAACUGCCAGGUGCGUUUGGAUUUUACCGACUUCCAGCUGGGCCUCACCUCCACCCUAGAGAUCUUCGACUCCAAUGGCCAGAUGCUGGACUCCUAUACGGGUGAGCACUUCCGUCCGCCGAUCACGGUGAGCAGCGGCAAGUCUCUGCUCCUGCAGUUUCGAGGAAAUUCCGCCACCGGAGUGGGUUUUCGCGCGGAGGUUAGCUUCGUAUCCUCCAAGCAGCUCAAGGACGAGCGACUGGUGCCCUACACAGAUUGCGGGGGAAUGGUUACCGGACCUGGUGGCGCCAUCACCAUGAUGAACAUGAUCGAAAAUGCCACGGACGUGCGGCUGUUUGACUGCAUCUGGAUUAUAAAGCCCGGCAACAACUACAUGAUGAUGAAAACCCACAUCUCGUUGAGAGUGGAUGACUUCUACGGCAUGGCCGCCAGAUCUGAGCUCACAAUACGGCAGGGCACCACCUCGGAUGCCGUGGAGAUCGAGAAUGUGAUGUGGCCGAACAAUGGGCUGAGCAAGGAGAGUCAUGUGGCGCCCAUCCUCAAUGGCUACUACAUUCGACUGCGUGGGGUAUUCGGGAUGUCCUCCAAGCUGGCCAUCGUCUACAGCGUGUUCAACUACUUGAAUUGCUAUAUUGGCUCGGAGUUUCUGUGCGGGAACAAUCACUGCAUAUCCAUUCGCCUCCACUGCGAUGGCUUCGACCAUUGUGGGGAUGGCAGCGAUGAGCCGGAUUCCUGCGAGGAGGACUGGGCACACCUGCAUCACGAUCGUCGCUGGUACUCUCACAAGCCCAACUAUUAUUUCCCCAAGAUAGACCAGUAUCCAGAUCUUAAGACGGCCACGGGAAUCUUUAUCAUCAGCACACUUGGCAUAUUUGGUGUGCUGUCCGGCUGGAUGGUGAUCCUGUACAGGAUGGGGGUUAGAGCACGACACCAACGUGAGCUUCAAAGCCACCUGCAGACGAUCAGUGAGCUGUUGGAUCGCCAGGACGAGGAUCGCACGCCCGAUGAGCCACCCAGCUACGAGGCACCACCCGAUUACGAGGAGGUCAUCAAGGUAGGAAUGCAACAGGAGCUACGGGAGCCACGUCGCCAGAGACGGGCCCGUCGAGCUCCGCCUAGAGAUCGGAGCUGCAGUCGCGCCGCAAGCAAUUGCACCGUGCAAUCGGUACUCCCACUGCAUCGCAGCUGCACCCUGGAAAGGGAUCAAGAACAGCCCAGUACCUCGGCGGCGGCAAUGACCCAUGCGGUGGCUGCCACGGAUACAACGGAGGAUGCCGAACACGUCCAGACGAUGGCCCAGCGAAUGCUCCUCGCCACGGCUAUUUGUGGCACUGCAGGCACGUCUCUCCCGGCAGCAAAGGAGUCAGGGCAGCGGGUCCAAUCCGUGGGGAUUUCAACGAGCCCGUCAUCGUUAUCCGCUGGGGGUGAACUACCCACAGCAGGUGGGUCAGCCACAACGCCCGGCAGCACGGCAGAUGAGUGCACCCAGGGAGGCGACUCACUUAGCAUUUCACUCACUCUAGGCUUGCCCUCCACCACGGCAGAGAGUCCUGUGACAACCGACCAGAACCAAUUGCAGAAACAAAGUCCGGAGCAGACAAUCAGCAAUUGCACGGAGCACACCUUCCUAAAGAGAUCGUGGUUGGUGGUGCAACAGGUUCCACCUGGCAGGGGUUACCGUGUCCGGAGGCUGCGACAUACCUUCUCCUCUCCUGAAGCAUUCACUAGCGAUGAGCUGCAUCUGCCGUACCCGGAUUUCCUGAGCUACGGCACUAAUCUUCCACAUGAACGGAGCAGUAGUAAUUUCGGAUCCGAGUUGUCGAGGGACCCAUCGAGUUAUAGUGUGGGCAAACGAGCUCGCUUGACGCCCGAGGACACAAGUGGAUCGGAGACCAUUACCCAGGAGAUGGAGCAAUCCAACCAGACACUCCAGUCCCAUGUGAUAGUGGAAAGUCACCCGAAUCACAGCGAAAGUGAGAGCGAAGCGGAGCAGCAGGUGUCCUGCUUUGGAGCCGUAGCCCAGCGGCCCAAGAGGCGUCAUCGGGGUCAUGUGAGGAGCCGAUCCUUUAGCAAUGCCAGAGGUGGCAGUGCCGGAAGGAGGCGUCUCAUGCAGCGCAGCUCGUCGGCCGAUCUUUUGAUGAACUACGCGACAAUGGCGGUAUCGACGCCACAAAAAACGAGCGAGGCAAUGCAGCGAUUGUUCUUCAUCUGAGCGGGAGAUUCAAAAUGGAAGAGUGGACAAGUGGAACGAUAGUAUUAAAGCCUGGUGUGAUUCUGGUCGGAUUCUAGUCACAUAUAAAUAAAUAAGCCUGUUUCUUACUCGAAUGUUAUUAGCUUAUUGAAAUUCUUAAUAAAUAAUUAACUUCAACUUCAUCAAGACUUAUCC